AUGGCACCCAAGGGAGGAAAUGCGAAGAAGGAGAGUGGCCGUGCGAAAAAGGCUGAGAAUGAGGCAAACAAGAGGGCUGCCGCCGCAGCGGAGGCGGUCAGUGGCACCGACGACAUCCAGGUAACAUCUAUUGACCCUGUGAAGAAAGCCGACGCAGAGGCCAAACGCCAAGCAGAUUUAGCGCGCAAGGCCGAGAAGGCCAAGUUGCUCGCAGAGGAAGAAGCAAGUGCGCCUUCCAAGCCGAAGGCAGCGCCAAAGGCGGGCGCAAAGAAGGCGGCGCCAAAGCCUGCUGGUCCUGGUGCGAUCGCCGCUGGCGGUGGGCUCGGUGUCGCUGAGCCCAAGGCGAAGGAAGAGCCUGAGGUCCUGGCCGCCACCGGCAUCGACAAUGCGAUCGACCUGUUGGAGGUGGUCACGGCUAAGAUGGACAAGGCUAGCGUGGGCUCUCAGGCUGCGAAGAUCGAGCAACACCCCGAAAGGCGGUUCAAGGCUGCCUUUGAAGCAUACAAGGAACGAGAACUUCCCGUCCUUAGGUCCGAGCAGCCAGGCCUGCGUCUACAGCAGUAUCAAGAUCUGCUUUAUAAGAGAUUCCAGAAGAGCCCCGAGAAUCCAUUCAACCAAGUUACGGUCUCUUACGAUGCUUCCAAGGACGACAAGGUUGCAGCGCUGAAGAAGAAGCAAGACGAGGUUACUUCUCGCCUGCGUCUGUAA